AUGACUAUCGACUAUCUGCUUCAUGAGUCCUCGGUGGGAUAUGCAGUCUUCCAGGUCGUCCACCAGCCAGACACGGUCGGGAAUCGAAUGAAAGAUUUCCAGGCCUCUGUUCAAGAUCUCGCCAAGUUUGGGAAAAUGAUCAAGCUCAUUAGCUUUGCGCCUUUCCAAGGAGCUGCCCAGGCCCUCGAGAAUGCCAACGAAAUCAGUGAGGGGAUAGCAUCAAGGUUCCUUCUAUCACUCCUAGAAGUCGACCUGCCAACAUCAGGCCGUAUCACCCUUGGCGUUGCCGACAAAACUCUUGCAGGAGCCAUCAAAGGGGCUUUACCUCACCUGCAAUGCGAAACGGGAGACACGAGCGAGAUUGUGCAAGAUAUGCUUCGCGGCUUACGGCAGCAUGGACACAAAUUAUUGAAACAGCUUCAAGAAGGUGACGUAGAGCGAGCCCAGCUUGGGUUAGGUCACGCCUACUCUCGCGCCAGAGUCAAGUUCAGCGUCCAGAAAAAUGACAAUCACAUCAUCCAAGCUAUUGCCACUCUAGAUCAUCUGGACAAGGCUAUCAAUACAUUCUCAAUGCGCCUUAGAGAAUGGUAUUCCUGGCAUUUCCCUGAGCUAAUCCGCAUAGUCAGCGAAAAUCAACAGUACGCACGAUUGGCGCUUUUCAUUGGUGAUAAAAAACGUCUUGCAGAUCAGGACUUGGAAGAUCUCACAGCGCAGUGCGAUGACAACACUGAAAUAGCCCAGAGCAUCAUCGACGUUGCUAAAGUAAGCAUGGGCCAGGAUCUUUCCGAGACAGACAUGGAGCAUGUCACGACGUUUGCGACCAGGGUUGUGAGAUUAGCCAAUUACCGCAAGACCCUGCACACUUAUCUUGUUGGAAAGAUGGGAGUCGUGGCCCCUAACCUUGGUGCUCUACUAGGUGAGGUAAUUGGAGCAAGGCUUAUAUCUCAUGCGGGGAGUCUCACGAACUUAUCAAAAUACCCAGCGUCAACGGUACAAAUACUGGGCGCGGAGAAGGCUUUGUUCCGAGCCCUAAAAACGAAAGGCAACACACCAAAGUAUGGGCUCAUUUACCAUUCCUCCUUCAUCGGGAGAGCGGGACAAAGAAAUAAGGGACGGAUCUCCCGUUUUCUGGCGAACAAAACUUCCAUAGCUUCAAGGAUAGACAAUUUCUCAGAGCACCCGACCACCAAAUUUGGCGAAGCGCUCAAAGCGCAGGUGGAGGAGAGAUUGAGAUUCUAUGACUCUGGAGUUGCACCAACCAAGAAUGAAAUAGCUAUGAGAUCAGCAAUGGACUCCGUUCUUGCCGACAUUGACUUGGAUGGUGAAGUUACCAGUUUCGAUGAUAAAGUCGCCGAGAAAGUUCCCCGUGCUGCACAGAAACAAGAGGUGAAGAAAGCGGUUAAGGAUAAGGAUCAGCGGAGAGAUGAGAAGAGGGAGAGGAUGAAGAAGCGGAAACAUGACGAUGGAGAUACUAACGAAGCAGGAAAUAAGAUCAAAGGCGAGAAGAGGAAGAAAAAGAAAAGUGAGGCAAAGUUGGAGUAG